GUGGUGCCAAUCUGAGUUUUCGUUCAGUUUUUGACAGCCAGCUGGCGAGGGAAGGCAUUUUUUUGCGAAAUCUAAGCACUUUUCACCUCGUUUUUGCAUGAAAAUGCAUGCAAAAUAGGCCACAUUAUCACCUGUGAUAGUUAAUUUAGCAUCUUGUGAAUUAAAAAUUGUCUAGAGUGAAGUGGAAGUGCGUGAAAAAUGGCAGAAACUGAGCCAUUGAUUGGGAAUCAUGCUGAACAAACAGGGAACAAUGAGGCUGCAGCUGUUCCGGCGGAAGGAUCUCAAGCAGCAGCUGCUCAGGGUCCAGCCCAGCAGCAACAGCCAAGUCGUAUGGAGUCCUUUUUUGCCAUCACAAAGUCCCUAAUCAUCCGGGCUCUUGUGAUUUACUUCAUAUCUUCCUUCUUCCGACGCCCUGCCUCAACCCCAGAUCCCACCAGUCAGCCCGGAGCCCCCGCAGCUCCGCGCACCACCGCCUGGAAUUACUUUGAGAAUGGCGUGAUGUUCGAUCUCUAUGUGUAUGUGUCUGAAGAUUACAAUUUUGCCGACUUCAAUCGGCCAGAAUUCCUCGUGUGGCAGCAGAUGGGCCUGGUUUAUGGAGAUUGGACAAGUGGCAGGGAUAAGGAUGGGAUUUACAGUCAUAGCACGCAAAUCCCAGCCACACAACGACUCCAGAACAAUGGAUCUAUCUACAUUCAUGCCUACGUGGUGAAAUCUGGUCAGAGUCCCAAUCCUCACGACACGGAAAACUACGCAGGACGCCAUGUGAGCUACUCCAGGAGGAUGCUCAAUAAAUUCAAGCGAAUCAAGCGCUCCAAGACGCACAAUCUCAUCACAGGAGAGACCACGAAUCCACUUAGCAUGGAGGAGAGUGAUGCGACAGUGACUGAAGAGAUUGUGUCUCACUGGCAUCCGAAUCUCACGAUAAAUCUCGUGACGGAUCAGACAAAUUGGGUGCGCGGCUCAGUGCCAGCUCCUUUCGAUGAAUACAUCACAUUCCUGCCCGGAGGUCAUACGUACUUGCCGGUGCUCUUCUUCAAUGACUACUGGAACAUGAUGCGAGACUACCAGCCACUCAAUAAGACUGUUGAUGUGCUGGAAUUGCACUUGACUUUUCAGCCCUUGUCACUGUUUAAGUGGCAACUCUAUGCGGCACAGUCGAUGAAGAAUAAGUGGACGAGUGGAGUGUUUGGGGAUAUGCUGGCGUCAGAAGAGCAAGAUGAGGAUCAGGAUUCGCUGAAAGAAGCUCUUCUGGAUACGAGUCCGUUAAUUUUAGGACUGACAGCAGCUGUGUCUAUCUUGCACAGUGUCUUUGAGAUUCUGGCCUUUAAGAAUGACAUUCAGUUCUGGAACAAUAGGAAGAGUCUCGAGGGUUUGUCAGUUCGGAGUGUUUUCUUUGGGGUCUUUCAGUCGGUGAUUGUGCUGCUGUAUGUCCUGGAUAAUGAUACGAAUUUUAUGAUUCGUAUCAGUUGUUUCAUUGGACUUGGUAUUGAGGUGUGGAAGAUACAGAAAGUUGUGAAUAUUCACAUAAGUCGAGAUUCACUGGUAUUGGGCUUUCUGCCUAGGAUCACUUUUACAGAUAAAGGUUCCUAUGUGGAAACCAGUACGAAGGAGUACGAUAAAUUGGCAUUUAAAUAUUUGGGUUGGCUCUGUUUUCCACUUCUGAUUGGAUACAGUGUCUAUUCCCUGGUUUACAAUGAGCACAAAGGCUGGUACUCCUUUGUUCUGAAUAUGCUCUACGGAUUCCUCCUGACCUUUGGCUUCAUCAUGAUGACUCCACAGCUAUUUAUUAAUUAUAAACUCAAGUCUGUGGCUCAUUUGCCAUGGCGAAUGAUGACCUACAAAUUCCUCAAUACUUUCAUCGAUGACAUCUUUGCCUUUGUCAUCAAGAUGCCCACAAUGUAUAGGCUAGGUUGCUUCCGUGAUGAUAUAGUCUUCUUUGUGUUCCUGUACCAACGAUGGAUCUACAAAGUGGAUGCUAAGAGGGUCAAUGAAUUUGGUUUUUCGGCAGAAAUGGAACGAGAAGCCAAAAUGAAGUUGACUCCAUCAGUUCCAACGCCAGAAAUGUCCCAACCAAAGCCAGUUGAAGAGAAAAAGAAGGACUAAAUUGAACGAUUUUAUCCAUUUAGUACAGCUAAAUAAAAUUCUUCUAAACUGAAUUGUAAUAGAUAAAAAAAAAAUCCUUUCGUGUAUUAUCAGUGUGUGUGUCUCUUAGGAGAUAAAACUACCAAUAAAUAGAGGAAAUUUGUUGCAAUUGAUCUGCAAUUUAACCUGAGGAAGGAACAAAAGAAAACCAUUCACGGAAAUGUUAAUAAACUUUUUUUUGAUUCCA